AAAGAUUCUAGCAGAACCAGUCUGGGUGUGUUCCUUACCUGACAAGCAUGGCUAGUAUUGAAGAGAUUGGUAAAAACUAUCAAAAGUUUGAUCCUAAAAUUUACCUCCAGAAUAACUAUGUUCCGCCACGAGCAGAUUUUUCCAGUAAGGAAAGUGUAGUAGUAUGGAAAUUGGACUGUCUUGUUGCAGCUUGUGCUCAGGGUGACAUUGGCGGACGUACCCUGGUAGACAUAGGCUCUGGUCCCACAAUAUACCAGAUACUGAGUGCCUUUGAGCUUUUUGACGAAGUGAUCAUUUCUGAUUAUCUGGAAGUGAAUCGAAAUGAGAUCAAGAGUUGGCUUCAGGAUGAAUCGGGAGCAUUUGACUGGAGCCCUUACUUUAAACAUGUCUGCAGCCUGGAAGGGAAAGGGGAGCUCUGGCAAGAUAAGCAGAAGCGUCUGCGUGAAAAAGUUUCAAGAGUAAUACCGGUUGAUAUCCACAAGCCCCAACCUCUGGGAGAAGAAGUAACUGAUGGCUCUGUAGAUGGGUUGGUGACCUCUUUUUGCUUAGAGGCGUGUAGCCCUGACAAAGAAGCAUUUGAAUGUUCACUUAAGAAUAUUAGUCAGCUUUUAAAGCCUGGGGGCCACUUGCUACAAAUAGGGGCCCUAGAAGAGUCUUAUUAUACAGCAGGAGAGGCUCAAUUAAAUGUGGUGCCAUUAAAAGAAAUAGAUGUUCGGACUGCACUCUGUAAUGCUGGCUAUGAGAUCCGAGAUUUCCAAGUUUAUUCCAUGCCAGCAAGCAUGAACAUUGGUGUUGAUGAUGUGUCAGGGAUAUUCUUUGCAUGGGCUCAGAAACUGCAACCAAAGUAACUCUGUACAAAGCGCAUGUCCCACACAUGCCACAACCCUUAUUACAGGUUACUGGUUUUUGCUUUACCGGUUACCACAAGGGUGCCUCAUAUUUGUACACUUGUUGCUGUAUGUUGUGCUUAAUAGCAAUACUAUACAAGCAUGUCAACACUGAACCUUUAAAUAAAUGCUGCAUUAUCUGUACAA